UGUUCUUGUUGGAAAGACGUCAAAUAUUUUUCUCUUAUAACAUUUUCCGAAAACUUAGACAAAAUUACGAAAAAGAAGAACGGCCUACUUAUGGAGAGUAAGGAAGUGACUAAUCUAAAACGACCGGUAGAAACAGCAGAGGAAGAUGACGUGCGAAAAGGGAAGAAGAAGAGGGGGAAGGCUGAAGUGGAGGAGGAACAGACCCCCACUGAAGUGAAAGAGGAAGUGAAGACGGAGAAGACGGAGAAGGAGGAGGCCGAUGGAGAAGCGGAGCAGGACGACCCAACAGUUGGCUUGGAAGGAGCCUCGUUCCAGAGUCGCAUGCCCUCGGACAAGCUCACCACCCUGGAGGGAUCGCUCUUCUCCGACAUCGUGAAGAGUCCCCCUCCCACCCACCGGCUCUUCCUCCACAUCAGGAACAGGAUUUUGCAAAUGUGGCUUGAAAAUCCUCUGCAAGAACUGACUUAUGAAGGCGUCAUGGCAAACCUCGAGCAACCUUUCAACUCCGAGAGUGUGCUAUGUGCGCGCAUCCAUGCCUAUCUAGAACGCCAUGGGUACAUCAACUUUGGCAUCUUUAAGCGUGUGAAGCCGUUGCCGCAGAAGAAGUAUGGGAGCAUCAUUGUCAUUGGUGCCGGCAUUGCAGGACUUGCAGCUGCCCAGCAACUCAAUUCUUUUGGGUUUGAAGUCAUUGUUUUGGAGGCGAGGGACCGGGUUGGGGGCAGGAUAGCAACCUUCCGAAAAGGGGCAUACAUCGCCGACCUUGGAGCGAUGGUGGUGACGGGGCUGGGAGGCAAUCCCCUUAAUGUCCUCUCCAAGCAGAUCAACAUGGAACUCAUCUGUAUCAAGCAGAAGUGCCCGCUGUACGAGUCCAACGGGAAUACGGUGUUAAAGGAUAAAGAUGAGAUGGUCGAGAGGGAAUUUAAUCGUCUCCUUGAAGCAACCAGCUUUUUGUCUCAUCAGCUCGAUUUCAAUUAUGUUGAUAACCGUCCUAUUAGUCUCGGAGAGGCGCUGGAGUGGGUUAUCAACUUGCAAGAAAAGAACGUCAAAGAAAAACAAGUUAAUCAUUGGAAAACAGUUGUCAAAUUACAAGAGAAACUCAAGACCGUUUUAAAUAAGAUGCACACACUUCAUGGGAAGAUUGAAACCCUUCAUAAAGAGCAUGAACAGCUGAGCGAGAAGAGAAAUUCCCGAAAUAUCACAAAUGAAUUUGUUUACCGUGUAAAGCUGCGGGAAUUGCAGAAUGCUUGCAAGGAGUGGGACCAGCUAGUUGAACAACAACGAGAGAUCGAGGACAAACUGCAAGAACUUGAGGCAUCUUCGCCAAGCGACGUCUAUCUCUCGUCCCGCGACAGACAGAUCUUGGACUGGCACUUCGCUAAUCUCGAAUUUGCCAAUGCCACUCCCUUGCAUAACCUCUCCCUCAAGCACUGGGAUCAGGACGAUGACUUCGAGUUCUCCGGCAGCCACCUCACAGUUCGAAAUGGAUACUCGUGUGUUCCGGUAGCCCUCAGCGAAGGCCUAGAUAUCCGGCUAAACACCGCAGUGCGCAAAAUAUUAUACACGAACACUGGGGUCGAGGUCACGGUGUCAAACGCUCGUAACCAUUCCAAUCCAGCGACUUUAAAAGCUGAUGCAGUUCUGUGCACACUACCUCUGGGUGUUUUAAAGCAGUCAGUUAUUGCCAACCAGAAUGCUCCACACACUGUCACGUUCAGCCCACCUUUGCCACAGUGGAAAGUUGAUGCGAUCUCGAGACUAGGAUUCGGAAAUCUCAAUAAGGUCGUGUUGUGUUUCGACCGGGUGUUCUGGGAUCCUAAUGCGAAUCUCUUUGGACACGUGGGAUCUACCACAGCCAGCAGAGGUGAGCUCUUUCUCUUCUGGUAUUUAUACCGUGCUCCGGUACUCCUAGCACUGGUCGCAGGAGAAGCCGCGGCAAUUAUGGAAAAUGUCAGUGAUGACGUCAUUGUUGGCCGUUGCAUUGCAGUGCUGAAGGGAAUCUUUGGCAACUCCUCUGUACCACAGCCUAAAGAAACAGUAGUGACCAGAUGGCGUGCAGAUCCUUGGUCCAGGGGCUCUUACUCUUUCGUCUCCACGGGGGCAUCUGGCAAUGACUACGACAUCCUGGCCACGCCCAUCUCUCCUCACCAGGCCAAUCAGAACCCGCAGAAUUCACAGAACUCGACCGACACACCUUCCCCUCCUCCGAGACUGUUCUUCGGAGGGGAGCACACCAUCCGAAACUACCCCGCCACCGUCCACGGGGCCUUGCUCAGCGGUCUUCGUGAGGCAGGGCGGAUUGCCGAUCAGUUCUUGGGCUGUCCUUACGCCGCCCCAUCCUCACCUCCCACGAACGGCACUGCCAAGAUCGAGACUUAGUGUUCCGGGGGGGGCGGGGGGUGUACGUCUAAGUGGAAUAAUAAUUUAAAAGGGGCGGAAGGGGGGCAGGUUUUCAGAUCUUGCAAUUGAGUGUUAGUUUUAAUUCUCUUCAAGACUAGUGGCAUCUUUUCUCUCUCUCUCUCUCUCUCUCUCUCUCUCUCUCUCUCUCUCUCUCUCUCUCUCUCUCUCUCUCUCUCUCUCUCUCU